AUGAUAAGAACUGAUAAUCUAUCUGAUCUUGCAUCAGCGAGAGAUUAUUGGAGAACUGAUAAAUACAUUUCAUUUGUAAUCACAUUUCAGUUCUAUUUGCUGUUGGACACAAUGAGUGACAGUUUCAACUGGCCAGCUGGAAAUAACGAGGCAAGAGAACGUUUGGGAGAAAAAUUUGAAAGUCUCCACUUGGACAGUCGAAUUUCAACAUCUCAUGCAAAACCACUUUCAAAUGCUGAUCCAGUAGUUGUUCCAAUUUAUCAUUCAAGUACUUAUCGUUUCAAAACAGUUGAUCAAUUCAAUGAAGACAAUCACGGUGCCAACUUUGUAUAUCGUCGAUGCGGAAAUCCAACAACUGAAAAUGUGGAAGUUGUGAUUAAUGAGAUAGAAGGCGGUGCAGGAUCCCUCCUAUACAACUCGGGUCUUGCAGCGAUUAGUGCAGUUUUUCUGGAAUUUCUGAGUUCCGGUGCUCAUAUGAUUGUUAUGAACCCAAUUUAUAGUGGUACAUCAUCAUUUAUUAAUGAGACAUUGGCUCGUUUUGGAGUUGAAAUAACUUCUGUUGACGUUGAAAAAGAAAAGGAUUUUGCUGGAGCUGUUGAAAAAGCAAUUCGGCCAAAUACUAAGAUGAUUUACUUUGAAUCAAUUGCCAAUCCAACGAUGGCAGUUCCAGAUAUUUUGGGAACAAUUGAAGUGGCAAAGAAAUAUAAGAUUCUUACAUGUCUUGAUGCAACUUUCUCAUCUCCAUACAACAUUCAACCACUGAAACUUGGAGCAGACAUCAGUCUUCAUAGCUGCUCAAAAUACAUUGGAGGACAUACGGAUGUGAUUGCUGGAGUUGUUACAGUAUCAUCUUAUGAUAAUUGGAAAAAACUUAAACUUCAACAAUUGACGACUGGAAGUUCUUUGAGUCCAUACGACGCUGCCCUGUUGACCAGAGGUCUCAAAACUCUUGGAUUGCGAGUUGAUAGGAUUUCAGAAAAUGCUCAGAAAACUGCAGAAUUUCUAGAAUCCCAUCCAAAAGUUGAACGUGUCUUUUAUCCAGGACUUCCAUCCCACCCACAGCAUCAAUAUGCUAAACAAGUAAUGAAACAAUUUGCUGGAAUGAUUGCAUUUGAUGUUGGAACUGCUGAAAAUGCAAUCAAGCUUGUUGAGAGUCUUAAACUAAUCAUUCAUGCAGUAUCUCUUGGUGGUACUGAAUCUUUAAUCGAACAUCCUCUGUCAAUGUCUCAUGGUAAACAUUUACUUCGAUAUUUGGAUGGUCCGACUGUUGCCCCUGGACUUCUCCGAUUUAGCGUUGGCAUUGAAAAUGUGGAGGAUAUUAUUGGAGAUUUGAAUGAUGCCCUCGAGAAGCUUUGAGCAAUUUCUUCAACAUUUCGAAAUCAUUUCUCUUUAAAAAAUUAAUAACUUCUUUUUUCAGUUUUUUUUCAGAUUAUUGUCAAAAGUCUAUAGAUAUUCUAUAAAAGUUCAGAAAAAUCAUCGCUUGUGCCGUCUCACUUUUGUAACAAAUGAAUUGCAAUCAGUGAUUUAUUGUACUUCUCCUAAAUAAAAAAGAUGAUAUAC